AAUCGCAGUAGCAAAGCUUAAACAUUAGCCAGGCGAUGAGAUAAAACUAAACACAAAGAAGAGGAGAGUUAUUUAUGGGUGAUUGAGUGAAAUUGAAUUGGGUGAAGAAUGAAGAAGCUGAGAUGGGCAAUGGAGGGAGACGUUUGGGAGCUGGACAGGUCCACUCCCAAGACCAUCGAAGCCACUGCUCGUCCACUCUCUCUAAACCCACUUCCAUUAGGUCUCUCUAGAGGCACCCGACUCUCCCGACCCAAACAAAUCGACUUCUUCCAGCGUUUCAUGGCCACCCCUUUGGUUCCCUCUUUUUCCGCCCCUAACUUCACUCUUCAGCGUGUCCUCACCAUCCCCUUUUCUAAUAACUGGUUUACUGCUUUGCUGGGUCAGUUCAAUUUGCACAAGUUUGUAUCUGCUGUUAAGGAUCCAAACUCCAAAUCCACUUGGUUGCAAGCACUUCGUGAUAAGUCAUUGUAUGCAUUUGGUUUCUGUUCUGAGUUUUUGUUAACACCUGAUGAUACUCUUCUUGUUAGCUUUGAUUCAUAUGGUCAUAAUGAUACCACUCGGAAAAAAGCUGUCUUUCAUCACAAGUUCCCGUAUCAUGAUUUGACGGUGGAGGCUGUUUGGCCUGGACUUUUUGUGGACAAGUCUAGUGACUAUUGGGAUGUGCCCUUUUCCAUGGCUGUUGAUUUGGCUUCACUUCCUUCAGAUUCGGGUCCAAGUUAUCAUUUCACAAUGCAUCAUAAUGCUGGUUCGCCACACCCGUUUGAGGGUGAUGAGAAUACCCCUGCAGUUCCACCUUCUUUACAUCCUGGUUUCUCUUUGAAAACUGCUUUUUCUUAUAAGGCGAAUGUCGAUAUUUGGAGAAGUAAAUCCCAGAAGUUGAAGAUGGUGCAGCCUUAUGACAUGUUCCUUUCAGAGCCUCACGUUUCAGCUUCUGGGAUCAUUGGUGCUACUAUGACUGCCUCUGUUGGAGAGAAUGCAAUUAGAUCCCAAGUAGAAGGCGAUUCAGAGGGAUUUAGAGGGUUUCAUAUGCAUGCACCUGCUAUAAAAUCAACCCUUCUAGCAGAUAGUUUUGCAUCUUUAGCAAUCACAGCCCAACAUGGGACCUUCCAGAGACUAUUUUCAGAUCUUACCCGAUUUCAUACUCGCUUGGAUUUUCCUUCUGGUUCAAAAUUUCUUUAUGGUGCCACACGCUUAGCACAGGACUUUCUCAAUUCCCAACAGCCAUGUUUGGAUACAAUUCAGGCAGUUUGCCCUGAUGUCUUUGUUUCUGUUCAGCAACAGAUUGCUGGGCCUUUCAGUUUCAGAGUUGAUUCGGGAGUUAAAAUUGAUUUGAAGAAUAGAGACAUUCGCGCCAAUGACUCAGUGUUUGCCAUUGAAUAUGCAUUGCAGGUCCUUGGUUCAGCAAAGGCUGUUGCUUGGUAUUCCCCAAAGCAACAAGAAUUUAUGAUAGAGCUUAGAUUUUUUGAGACAUAAAAUUGAAUUGAUCGGUGUCUAAUUUCUUGUUCACCAUUUGACAACUUCCAUGGUACUGGAAUGGUUAACUGUGAUGGAUUCAUAUUAGGGUUCAGAGCCCUUCAGUUUCUAUGACCAUAUUACUUCUCAUAGUGAAAGUUAUACUGUGCUGGACUCGAGUAAACCUUAAAAGUGUUAUGCAGGUAAACUGUAACAAUGAGU